AAACAUCAGCGCCUGAACUUACAAACGCUUAUUUGACUGAGUAGCACAUAUUUCUGUAGACACAUUCCAUUAUAAUGGAGGCUGUUAUAACUGCAAACGUGUGUGUGAGAGAGAGACUAUGAUUCUGCUUUGCCCUUUGCACCUUUGCAUUGUGUUUUUUGAUAAAACCUUUUCUGUAAAUAGAACCACAACCUCCUAUCAAAUCUGCUGUUUCAACAUCAUUUUCAUCUGAACAGCACUUUUAUUUUCUAUCAGUGUUUUCUUUCUCUUUCUCUUGUACUCAGCAAAAUUAGUGCUCACUUAUCAGUUUGAACAAUUUAUUAUGUAGCACACAGCAGUACAGACAGUUUAUAGUGGGAGCAACGUGUGUUCGUCCUGGAGGUCUUGGUCCAGUCCUCAGCUCUGGCCUCUGUCUGUAUGGAGCAAAACUGAAAUGAUGUUUUAAAUGUUCAGGUACAUUCAAUUUAAUCUAUAUUGUCAAUAAAAUGAUCAGUUCAUGGCCACUUUAAGAGCACUCUUACAUUUUUAGUAUUCUUCAGACAUAAAUGUGCAAAAGGUCGAUGAAUCUGCAAAAGUCAAAGUUCACUGGCAGUCAUAAAUGAAGUCACACAAAGCUAUUGCACACACUAACGUUGAUUUAGCCCGAGUUACAGAGAGAAAACACACUUUUAGAAUGAUUUAAAACUGAGCUUUUACUGGAUAUUCAGCUGGAAGGGUUUGUCUAGUUGUUAUUUUAAAAAGACACAAAUGUCCUCCAAGCUAAAAGAGGCUCUUCAGGAAUGGGAAAGUCUGGAGAAAGAGUUCCAACAAAUUCAGGAGACUCAUCGACUGUAUAUGCAAAAGCUGGAUGAAGUCUCCAAGCUCCAGAACAGCUUUACUGCCUCCAUCACUCACCAGAGGAAGAGCUUAAAGGACGUGUCUCAGUCUCUAAGGAAACUAGGCAAAGGAUUAAUGGAAGACGAAACAAAACAUGUGGAAGAAAUCAAGGAACAUCUCCGGGAGAGGCCUGGCAUAUUUCAGCAGAUGGAAGCUUUUCUUCCAAAGAAAAAUGGGCUGUAUCUGAGUCUUGUACUUGGGAAUGUAAACGUCAAUCUUCUAAGCAAAAAGUCAAAGGCUGCAUACAAGGACGAAUAUGAGAAAUUCAAACUGUAUGUGACAGUGAUUCUGCUGCUGCUGGGGUUCAUCUGUCAGUUCUUCACCUACAGGUUUGUGGAUGCACUUCUAAAUUUUCUCUUGGUCUGGUACUACUGCACAUUAACAAUUCGUGAGAGCAUUCUCAUCAGUAAUGGAUCCAGGAUAAAGGGCUGGUGGGUGUUCCAUCACUACGUAUCAGCUUUUCUAUCUGGUGUCAUGCUGACUUGGCCUGAAGGAGAGAUGUACCAAAUGUUCAGAAACCAGUUUCUCGCCUACUGCUUCUAUCAAAGCUUUGUGCAGUUCCUUCAGUAUUACUAUCAAAGUGGGUGUCUUUACAGACUGAAGGCUCUGGGAGAAAGACACAACAUGGACUUGACAGUGGAGGGAUUUCAGUCAUGGAUGUGGCGAGGGCUGACCUUUCUGCUGCCCUUUCUAUUCUUCGGUCAUUUUUGGCAGCUUUACAGUGGUGUCUCCCUGUUCAGAAUGGCUAAGCUUCCUGAAUGUAAAGAGUGGCAGGUUUCUAUGUGUGGACUUUGCUUUCUGGUAUUAUUUACAGGCAACUUCUUCACUACACUCGCAGUGGUGCGUCACAAGUUGAAAAACAAGCAGCAGAAAAAGAAUCCAUAAAGUGUGUGUCCAUAAAAUUGGUUUUACACUCCAUUUGGCAUCUGACAAAAUGUAUAAAAAUAUAGUAAAACCUGGGCACUCAUGAGUAUUUAAUCAUUUAAAAGAUGUUAUUGUGUAAGUAUGUGCGCUUUAGAAAAAAUAUGAACAUCAUUGUUUUUUUAGUACUGAUGUGUAACCCUGCUUCACUGAUGUGACCUAAUUCAGUUGAAAACAUGUAAUUUGUGCUUGUAGAAAUAAAUACUCUAUAUUUAAAU